AACUGACGUUACGUCGCAGCCGCCUCGGUUAUGGCAAGUGACAGAGGUUGAGGAAGAAGAGGGGAAACUUUUUCAGCUGCUAGUUGCUGUUGGUAUUUUUUAUGCUUGACAACAACACCAGUAUCACAUUCUCCCAACUUGACAGUGAUUCAGCGUUGUUGUCGUCUGAGUGAGACCGUGUUUCGUGUGAGGCUAAAGUCGUGAACGGUGGUCUGUCGGUCUCGAAGUAGCUGAGUACACCAGAAGUUUGUUCGACUUCGAGUAAAUACGUAGAGUCGCCGAAGAGGAGAAGCUAUGACAAACAGAGAAGACGAAUACGACUAUCUUUUUAAAGUGGUGCUGAUCGGAGAUUCAGGUGUAGGGAAGAGUAACCUGCUGUCUCGUUUCACCCGGAAUGAGUUCAACCUGGAGAGCAAGAGCACCAUCGGGGUGGAGUUUGCCACCCGUAGCAUCCAGGUAGAAGGCAAGACCGUCAAGGCUCAGAUCUGGGACACAGCUGGACAGGAGCGAUACCGUGCAAUCACUUCUGCGUACUACCGUGGAGCAGUUGGAGCUCUCUUGGUUUAUGACAUUGCCAAGCACCUGACAUAUGAAAAUGCUGAGCGCUGGCUGAAGGAACUGCAGGACCACGCUGACAGCAACAUAGUCAUCAUGCUAGUGGGCAACAAAAGUGAUCUACGCCACCUAAGGGCGGUACCCACAGAUGAGGCCAAGGCCUUUGCAGAGAAGCAUGGCUUGUCUUUCCUGGAGACAUCAGCGUUAGACUCCUCUAAUGUGGAGCUGGCUUUUCAGACUAUUCUCACAGCCAUCUACAACAUUGUGUCACAGCGGCAGAUGUCGGGGCGAAGCGACUCAGACUUCUCACCAGCCUCCAACGUAGUGCCCAUCACGGUUGAGCCCACUCAAAACGCAGCCAGUAAGGGUGUCUGCUGCCAGUCCAACUGAGACCUUACCACUGACCUCCUUCACCUCCAGGCAAUUGGAGAAACAGCCAGAUAGACAACAGGGACAGACAAAUGGAAAAGGGAAAUUGAGAGACAGGUAGAGAUAACCAUUUCACACAAGGACACUUGUAUCGAGGUUGAUUUUUUUUAUAUGUCUGGUUAAGAAAACUUAAUACAGUAUGAAGAGGGGGGCCAGUGAAGAAUAGAUAGUAAAGAGGGGGGGAGGAUUAGUAUCACUGGAAAGAAAACAGUUGAGACGCACUGUGCAUUAAGAGGUACAUGAUCAGAACUGAUUGAUAAUCUAAAGAAAAACUUAACACAUUAUAAAAGGUCCCUUUUGUAUCUCAUCCCGAUUUCUGUCUUUGCAAACUGUCUCCCAUUUGAAAGCUCUAUUUUAUAAGCCAGUAAAUUCUUUCCCUCAGUUUCCCACUUCCAGGAUAUUUGGCAAUAAAAAUUCACAUCCAAAAGACUAAACUGCAUCCCCUCGCCACUGUCAUUCCCAUUUUCCCUAAAUGUAUAUUUAGAAAGUAAUGUCCCUUACGAUAUUUAUUGAACACUAGACUAAGGUCUCAUUGGCCAAAGGGUUUACAAUUUAACACUAGUUGCUUAGAUUCCAUACUGGUUAGAUUCCAUACUGUUCGCUUCACAGCGAAGGGAGCUUUGUUUCUUUUUGAUGCUUUUGUGUUUGCCCACAACAAUAUCUCUAUGUGAAGAAACUUGUAAGGGCAACUACUCCUCACUAAUGGAGGAGCAAGGGCUUAAGUCACUUUUCUUAAAUGCACAUGCUGGAAUUUGGUCGACGUUGGUUGGUUCAAGUUGUGUUCCACCAGACCACUCAGAGCAAUAACCCCCCCCCCCACCCCCCCCCCAACAGUGACAUGUAAUUUCUUUUUGAUUGCUUUUGAUGUUUGUUUUGAAGGCUUUCCUGCUCUGUGCACACUUGGUACUCUAUGGAUGAGUCAUGCUUUUGCAAGCUUUGAACAGCGUUAACUCUAAAUGAAAUGGGAUAGCUGCAUCACUAGUGAAUGGGUUAACUGCGUCACAUGUUGGUGGAAUAGCAGCAUUUGCUCUGCUGAUGACUAUUUCACCCCUGCCCUGAACCUUUGGGUGUAGUGGGAGAGAUUAAUGGGUUUAAAUGCAUGGACAACCCUCUGCUGUUGCUGCUGCCUGCUAGCUGGGAUGGAUAGAUAGAUGGAUGGAUAAUGUUUCAGGGGAUGAGGUAGUGAGGGCACUCAGCCCUGCCCUGCUCCUGUGGUCUCUGAUGUACCCGAGAUGGCUUGUUUUACUGUAAGUGAAAUCCUCCACUGCCUGCUCACCUACUCCUUUCUGUCUCUCUCCACACUGUAUGUAACUGGAACAGGACUCUUCUGGGAUCUCCCUAAGGUCUGCCCUCGCUCUCACUUGUCUUUAUUUCCUGUGGAGGGGGCAGGGGGUUGUAUUGAGGAGCCAAGAUUGGGUUGUUAGUAUCUUAAUAGUUUAAUAGAUGAAGAAAUAGAUGGAGAUGGUAUGGUAGAGUUAGGAGGGGCUUAAUUAAAUCCAAAGGUUAUGCACACAGAUGGUGUUUAUCCUGCUGAUGUGUUCAACACUGGCUUCUGUUGACUUCACAGAUCUUAAACUGGGUGGUGUAGGUUAGGGCUUUUUUUAACAUUUAUUCUAAUAUAUGUAUAUUUGGACUGCAUAUGUAUAAAUAAAUCUCAUUUGUUAUAGCCUGCCUCUUCUCAUGUCUCUUUUAAGAUGUUUUUAAACAAUAAAAGGCU